AUGAAUCGUACUCAACGACAACGAUCGGAAAAAAAAGUGAAACGUAAAUCUCGAUGUCAGCUAUGGUUAAAUACAGCUGUAAAUGCAUUAAUUCCAUUAAUGAUUGGAGUAGCAACAAUAGUAAUAGCUAUCGCCGAUGAAAAAAUUGAAGACAAACGUCGAGAACAAGAUCACACAUUAGCUUAUCUAACUCGAUUACAAGAUCAACAAUUAGCUGAUGAAUCAUAUUAUCAAAAUGUUUUCAAAACCUAUGUUGAUGAUAUUUCCAAUGUUUUAUUUAAAAUCAAUCAUUCAUUCAUUGAUAAUGAAAAAAAACUGAAAUAUAUUCGUACAAAAACGUUAACAGCAUUAGAUGAAUUAGAUUUUCAACGUAAAUCUCGUCUUUUCCUUUUUCUUUAUGAAACAGAUCUUCUAUCAACAAAUACAGCUGAUAUCUUACUUGACUUAUCUGGUGCAAAUUUUACAAAUAUAACAAUCAAAAGUACACCGUAUAAGAAGCUUUCUUUUAAUAAAUUAUAUUUACCAUCGGUUGAUCUUACAAAUGCUUCGUUUAUUGAUUGUGUAUUUAAAGAUGGCGCUGAUUUUCGUAAUUCAUCAAUGUUUGGAAUCAAAUUUUUACGAACGAAAUUUGAAUGUAGUAAAAGUUAUUUAGGAUCCGAUGAUGCUCUGGGCAAAACUCAUGUUCGAUUCGAUGGAUCAAAUAUAGAAAAAAGCGAUUUUAGUGAAUCACAUUUAUGUGAUAUUAGUUUUAAACGAACGAAUUUAGCUUUGACGGUUUUCCAUGGAAUUAAAAUUCAAGGUAUGAUACAAUUUCAAGGUACGAAUCUGUUCGAUGCUAAUCGUAAUCAAUCGAUUGAUAAAGCUGAAAUACUCGGGCCAUUAUUUAUCGAUUUUUCUAAUAUUGACUUUCGAACAAUCCCAAUCAAUAUAACGCUGUUUAAUCCAAAAUAUUUUCAAAUGAAUAAUGUUAUUCUGAUUGAUGAAAUGUGGAUUAUUGAUCAGAAAAUUGAUUGUUUAAAUUGGUUUAAUAAUCAUAUUUUGACACAUUGGCAAACGAAUUAUAUUCAAGGAAGUUGUUCUUUUAAUUUUACAGUGAAGAAUGUUAAAAUUGGUAUUGAUCAAACAAUUGAUAUUGCUGCUUAUGCUGUUUUUAUAGACAGUGAUGAAACGGAAUACAACUUUUCAGCAGAUGUACGUUGUAUGAAUGGAAAUUUUGUUAUCGAAAUGAAUUUUUAUGAUAUUACAUCGAUAUGGUUUAAUACUUCGAAAUCUUAUUUGUUGAUAAAUAAUACAUUUACUUGGAAGAGACAAUUUGAUUCAGGAAAAAUACCAAGAAAUACACGUAGUAUAAGAAUUUGUAUUGAACGAUUUGAUAAAGAAGAAUGUUUAAUUGAUAAUAUGGAAUUGUAUAUUCAGAAAAGAAAACUAAAUUGA